AUGGCAUACAAUUUUAAAAAUGGUCGUGAAAGCGUCGGGGAUGAACCGCGAAGUGGGAGACCGGUUGAAGCUCGAACUGACAACAAUGUUCAGCGUGUGCGCACUUUCGAGCAUCAAGAUCGGCGUAUAACCGUUCGAAUGUUGGCUUAUGAACUUAAUUUGAAACGAGAAACCGUCAGAAAAAUUUUAACUGAUAAUUUGUCCAUGAAAAAGCUGUAUGCAAAGAUGGUACCUUCAUCAUGA